AGGUGACGACCCUAUUCCACCAAGUCAGACCCCUUUGUCGCCGCCGCCAAACCCAUCGUCAACGCCGGUAACCCGAGUCGAUUCAUCAUGCAAUACUGCUUCGUCGAAGGCACCUUCGCAGACCUCGCGCGCGACCUGGCCGAGUACCUUCACGUUACCGCAGAGGUCGAACCCCUCCUCGAGUCGAAUUCGAAAGAUGAGGUGCUCAAGAAACUCGUGACGGCUUCAGCUGGUCUCAACUCGUAUCCCGAGAAGGAAUUCACGGCCGCAUAUAACUUGCUCGUUUACUUGGUUAUGCAAUCGCCAAAUGUCAACAUAUUCCUGCCCCGCAUGUGCGACAACCUCUCGAAGCCAGUAACCUCUUCGCACGGUACCGGCCUUGCGCUCAAUGUCCUCACCACAAUUUUCAACCUUCUUGCCGCCGACAACGAGGUCCGAUUCAACGUAUUCCAGGCCAUCCUCCGCCUUGUCAAAGCUAGUGGUUCAUUCGACACUCUGCGACCACAAUUAAAGAAGUUGGAUCAAUGGAUCGCGGAGUGGGACCUGGAAGAGGAGGAUCAAAGAAAAGUGUUUGGACAACUCGCAGAUGCAGCGGAAGAUGGCAGCGAAGAGGGGUAAGUGCUGCUGGUUCUGUAAACUGUGACUUGGCUAAAACCAAUUGUGACAGCUCAAAAGCUGGCUACCAGUACAUUUUGAAAUCUCUGCGCACUUUCCCAGCCGCCGAAGUCUCAUCCAAAGACGCCCAAGACCUUUCUCUCCGCGCUUUAAAGGCUGCCUUAGUCUCACCUAACCAUUUCGACUUCCAUGAUCUCACAUCUCUCCCAACAAUCCAAGCCCUACAAGAUUCGCACCCUGAAUAUUCCGAACUUCUCGAAAUCUUUUCCGAAAAAGAACUUGAGGAUUACAACGAUUUCCGGGAUGAAAAUGAGGAUUGGCUCGAGGCCCAGAACUUGGACAACUCGAAACUUCACCGAAAGAUGAGACUUCUGACGCUUGCAAGUGUUGCUGCUAGCACCAACAGCCGAGAGCUCGAAUACAAGCGAAUUGAGAAGGCAUUACAGAUUCCACCCGAGGAUGUUGAAAGAUGGAUUAUUGAUGUUAUCAUCGCCAAGCUUAUUGAGGGAAAGAUGUCGCAACAGAGACAGGUUUUCCUUGUUCACAGAACGACUUACCGCGUUUUCGGUGAGAAGCAAUGGCGAGAGGUUGCUACAAGACUUGACCAGUGGAGAACGAGCUUAAGAGCUGUCAAGGAAGUUAUCAGCCGCGAGAGACAACAAGCUGAGGCCCAAAAGGAGCGUGAGAUGCAUGAGAUUGAGCGAAAGGUCGCUGGAGCUACUGGAAUGGGUGCAGGACGUAGAGUUGGUGGUCGUGAUAAUAUGGUCGAGAUGGGUACCGAUUAA